AUGGACCGCCAUGCUAAGACGGCGCGCGCAGAAUCGUUAUCUCAGACAUCAGGAACACCUAAAGCAGGCUUUGAUUUGAGUAAGCUUCCGCCGAUAGCUAUACUGAAAACACGCUUGAACCAGGAUGAAGAAAAAUUGCUCAAAGAAACUUUGCGCCUGUACAAUGCGUCGCUCACUACGGACAUGUCAAGGGCAAAAAUACUCCUAGGUAAGGUGGGCACUAAGGGAAGAGCUGCGUUUGAGUUGCGCUCGAGGAACCUAAUCGCUGAAGAAUUUGUAACGCCGAAACGCCGUGCUAGUCCUGCACAGAUAGGAACACCUAACAAGAAACAAAGGGUCUUCAAGUCGCCAGAUGGAACUAUCUCGGCUAGUCAAGAGGGUUAUGCUGCGAAGAAAGGAGCCGAAGAGACGUCCGACAAUGAAGACGAAGCGCCGAUCCAGAAGUCGAGUUUUUCACAGUCUCCGCCAUUGCAUGCUGAAGACGAAGUGCCCUUUCCAACGAUCGUCGAGAACGGUUCAAGCAUUGACAUUGUUUGGGUUGUCAACUUGAAUUGGAUAGAGGCUUGUGUAAGCGCAGGGCACCUCGUUCCUCUAGGCGACAACUUGAUGUAUCAGGGCAAAGUGCAGCAACGACCAAAACCAAGCAGCACCAAAUCCAUCAAGGAUAUUUUUUCAGUAAAGCCAAAAGAGCCACCUGCAUCUCAGACACUCAAACCCGCGGUGCCACGUCAGUCACAAAACAUCCUGGAUCGAGCAAAGUUGGAUGCGCCUACAGUGACAAGCAAAACUACACAUCAGCCUCCCCAAUUUGGUAAUCAAGCGCCUCGGCGCUUCGGUAACAAGAAUUUAGCGCCCUCUCAGCCUUCGACCCACUCCUUUGCUUCACAGACGGCGCUUCUGCUUCAGCAGACGACGAGUGAGUAUGAAGGUGAAGAUAGUGAUAUACCGCCACCGCCCGAGUGGGUGAAGCAGAGCGUCAAGUAUGCAUGCCAGCGCUUUACACCCGCCAGCGGGCCGAAUGAGGAUUUCAUAGACCAACUCAAGAAGAUUAGGACUAAUCGGAUCCUUAUCGAGGAUGAGAUAGGCGUACGUGCGUACUCGACCAUUAUUGCAGCCAUUGCAGCCUAUCCGUACAAGAUCAGUCACCCACGUGAGAUUGCGCAAUUACCAGGGUGUGACGAGAAGACUGCGGUUCUUUUCGUUGAAUGGAAGAAUACCGGUAAAAUCAAGGAAGUCGAGGACUAUGAUAACGAUGAGGCAAUGAAGGUUCUGCGUUUAUUCUAUGAUAUAUGGGGUGUCGGAGCAAAGACGGCGCGACAUUUUUACUACGACAACCACUGGACGGAGUUGGACGAUAUCAUUGAACAUGGCUGGAAUGACCUUGACCGAGUGCAGCAGAUUGGCAUCAAAUACUAUGAAGAGUUUCAAGAGCCGAUUCCACGUGCUGAAGUCGAACACAUAGCCGCUGUUGUUCGAGACCAUGCGGUAAAACUCCGGGACAAACGUAUCAGUGUCACCAUAGUCGGUGGCUAUAGACGUGGCAAAUCAGUUUCCGGUGAUGUGGAUAUAAUCGUAUCGCACCCUGAAUUGGAAAGUACAGCGGGAUUAGUUCAGGAAAUUGUCGAGUCAUUGGAAGAUGCUCAGUGGAUCACGCACACCUUGACGAUGAGCUUGGCAAACACGAAGCGCGGACAACACACGUUACCUUUUCGUUCCGCAAAAGGAGCUGGAGUAGGAUUCGAUACUCUCGAUAAAGCACUAGUAGUGUGGCAGGAUUCUGCUUGGCCAACUCGUGAAGAGGACCUCCAGCGAAACCCACAGGCGAAGAACCCAGCUAUUCAUCGUCGAGUCGACAUCAUCGUUGCACCUUGGCGAACGGUGGGUUGUGCAGUCAUGGGCUGGAGCGGUGGCACGACAUUUCAGCGAGAUUUGCGGCGGUAUGCAAAACAUGUGAAGGGCUGGAAAUUCGACAGCAGCGGCAUUCGCAGUCGAGCUAAUGGUGAAGCUAUCAUGGUGGAAGGGCCAGAUGGUGUUGAAGGGACCCCCGAAGAUGCAGAAAAAGCAGUAUUCAAAGGGCUAGACUUGGAAUAUAUACCGCCUGAGUAUAGAGUCACGUAUUGA